AUGGAUGAGGAGCAAUUUUUCACGCGCUCAACGCGCGAACUCACCGGCCUUUUCUCCCAGACCAUUCUUCCUAGCCCUGUUGUCCAGUGGAUUCUCCCUGCUCGCCUUCGCAGUAACAAUCACAAUGAUGUUGUCUUUGUGGGCCAGCGCCGGGUGCAGAUUAAAGAGGCUUCUACGGGUGGUUUCUUAGAAGACGUCACUGAGAAGAACGACUUUGAUCACCCGAUUAUCGGGGCCAAGGUCAUCAAUGUGAACACCGAGCUUCCUUGGGAAACGCAGCUACGGACAGAUGGUGCCGAUGAUCAAAUGCAAGACGACUCGAACUUUCUCGAUCGUCUCCCUUCUCAGCUUCUAGUGCUUUCUCUCGAGAUGAGAGAGCUUCAGUUCCUAUAUUGCCCGACUACCGGGGAUGACAAGUUCGUUACAUUUCGCAGGCCCUUGCCGGUUGAUGUAGAUCUUGCCGAAAGGUUUGGGAAACAUAUCGCCGUGGACCCCAAAUCACGCGCAGUCGCAGUCAGUGCAUCGAGUCACUAUUUUGGACUCCUCCUCCUCAAGUCCUCCAGGGAAAUCCAGCAGCAGAUGAUUGAAGGAAAACUCGAUCCUAUCAAGAGUGAACAUUUCUACAGCUGCGAUGGAACUAUCCAGUUUAUGGAGUUUCUGUAUCCCAAAGCUGCCGAUGACAAGAGGAUCAUUCUUCUCAUUGUCUCCUCGAGUGCCGAAGGCUCAUUCGCCCGAAUCUUCCAAUGGGAUGAUCGGGAUUCUACGAUGCUCCGUCCUGAGAUUGUCGAGUUCAAACUUCGCAGGGAAGACAGGUUGCCCACGAUGAUCGUCCCUCUAACCAAAGAGUCUUCAUUCUUGGUCGUCACGAGCAUCUCCAUGGCAGUUUAUCCUUCCGACUCAUCACACCCUCGACCAAUUAGAUACCCGCUCAUAGCACCUGAUGCCACUUUCAAGGAAACCUCACUGUGGACCCAAUGGGCACGACCUGCUCGUAACUGGCUUUACAGCCAAAAAUUCGAUGGAAUCUACCUCUGUCGCGAAGAUGGCUGGAUCUAUUACCUAGAGUUUGGUAACGAGGGUGGGCUAGAAACCCAGACUAGUUUGGGUCAGCUCCACUGUGAUGUCGAUUCUGCAUUCGAUGUGCUGGACGUGGGCCACGAGGGAGGCGACUUCAUCCUAGCUGCCGGAAGUAUGGGCGAUGGUGGCCUGUUCAUUCAAGAGGCACGAAAUAAACCUCAAUGUGUUCAGAGAUUCCUGAACUGGGCUCCGGUCACAGACGCUGUUAUGGUGCCAUCGAAAACACAUGAAAAUGUGCAAUGCGAUGUGUCACGAGAUCGACUAUUCGUCUGUUCUGCAUCAUCCGCCUCCGGGGGCAGCGCCCUCCAUGAGCUUCGCCAUGGGUUUGAGGCCCAAGUGGGCUUCUCGGUCCCUCUUGACGAUUUCUCCAGCAUACGAGAUAUGUGGGCCUUCAGUGACGAUGCCAAUCAAGGUGUCUACGUUAUGCUUUCCGACCCUAUGUCCACUCUGCUUCUCUACAUGAACCCGAGUCUUGAAGAUGGCAUUAGUGCGCUGGAUGAAACGGAAACAGGCCUUGACAACGCCCAGACACUGGCAGCUGGCUGCACUCCCACACACAUCCUCGUGCAAGUCACACAAAAGGCCACACACCUUUUUGCUCCUGAUAAUAUUUCCUCCAAUACCUCUAUCCCACAUCAACCUGGCUCCGUCGUCGUCGCUGUCGCCGUCGACGGCCCAAGCUCGACUUUGAUUACCGCUGUUCGACUCCAAAAUGAACUCAACCUUACACUCACUCGGAUUGUUAUGAAUGAUACCAAUGUUGGCCUGGAUGUCAUCCAGAAGGUCAAAAUCGACAAAGAGCCCGUAUGCCUUUCCCUUCAGACCUUAGGCGACACAACAUUCAUCUUUAUGGGCACCAGUGAUGGGACGAUCAAGGUUUUCCACAUUGAAAAUGGAACUAUCAAAUUCCUCUUGGAAGCCAGUGUCUCCAUUGACCGAGAGGACGAUAUUUCUCGAGCAAUCGAUAGCCUUGCAAUGAUUCGCCAAACUGAUCAUGGUGUUCUGCGUGCUCAUCUGCUAUGUGGCCUGCGCAGUGGUGUGUUGGUGCCAUUCCAGGUUGACUUCAAUGCCCCCACUCUUAUUGGUUUGAAUCAAGUAUCACCGAAGCAUGUCGGAAUGACAUCGCUUCGUCUUCAAAGUCACGGUGCUUUUGCCAUGCUUAUCUGCGAUCACGAGUUGUGGCGUGUAUCAAGUAGUGCCGAUGGCGUCCCGAAUGAUUGCUUCCUCUCGCGGAUUUGGAUCACCGAACAAAGUAAUCCUGCGUAUUUUCCCACGGGGAUUCACGGCUUUGGGCUGAUCAGCCAAACAAGCCCAGAAGCCGGGCUUCCUAUAGGACCGCUGUUCUGCUUUGCAGACCGACAGCUUCUCAUAUGUUCACUGGACCGCGAACGCAAGAUUGUGCCUCGACGAAUUGGUGUACCUGGCACCGCCAGGAAACUAGUCUAUUCGCCACAUCUUGAUAGACUUAUACUGGCUUACGAUAAGAUUGAAGUCGAAGAACCCAGCAGACCCGGUGAUAUUACGAUGCGAUCAUGUCUAGCAUUUGUACUUCCAGAUGCGCAAGAACCUGUCAACCCACUAGAUCAGCCGCUCGCGCCCCGCGCUUCCCCUGGAGAAAGAAUCACCUGUAUGAUGGACUGGAUGUUCGAAAGAGACGGUCAUAUGUAUCAUCUCAUUGUGAUAGGAACAGGACUAUCUGCGACCAUCGAUUACGAACCACGUGGCCGACUCAUUCUGAUGUCCGCGCCUCGAGAUCCACAGGAUGCCUCGCAAGUGCGAUUCGUGACCAAGCAUGUCCAGGAAUGCCUUGACGGUGCGGUGCGAUCGAUCGCGGCCUACGGUAAUACCCUUCUCAUCUGCACGGGAAGGAUCAUCCGUCCCGUGGCCCCCAGUGGUGCAUCGAUCAGAUGGGCCUCAAAUAGCUGGCAGGAACUUCCCUCCCCAGCGGUGGCUAUCACUGUUUCAAAGCCGUUCGUCUACGUUACUACCGCCCGGCAUGGAUUUGUCGUUUUGGAGGUUCUUGAUGACGGGAACGGACUCCAUCAUUUGAAGUUACGUGCCCAUGAUUCGAAGCCUCUGGAUGGACUGACUCACUACGUGACCGCUGGAGAGCCUUCUCUUGCGUUCUUGAGCACUCGCGGUGGCAACGUCCGUGCCGGGAGACUUUCGAGUAGCACAGAGCUCCGCACCACUCAAGUGUUCGUGCCCCCUGCACCGGAAGAGGCCUCAGUCUGGGACUCAGUUCUUCAGUUUGUUCCUAGUUCCAAGGGCAACAUGUUCCCCAAAUCACCCCGGGAGAGAGGUGGUGCUAUCUACGGUAUCGCUCUCAAUGGAUCGGUCUUCAGGUUCUCGAUCCUACGGGAGGAUGAGACGCGCCUCCUUCUCGCCUUGCAAGACUUAUGCCGAAAAGACGAAGCUCUUUACAAAUCCCUGGCUGCGCGCGAAAAACGCAAGAAGCCCACUUGGGCUGAUCCCAAGAAAGACAAUUCUCAAGUGGAUGGGGAUAUUCUGAUACGCCUGGCUCGGCAUAGGGCGGACUACCUAGAGGAUAGGAUCCAUGCACUUGAUCAAAAGCGAGGCUCUCCCAUCUACGAGCCUUUCAUGAGAAAUGCAGCACUCAAAGCGUUGGGGCCCUCGGACAACUAUGCUCAGCAGGUUGUUGGAUGGCUUCGACAGUUGCUUCAUGUUGAGAUAUGA